UCAUGCGAGAGACUGCACAGAGUGCUUCAAUCAACCAAGUCUAGAUUAUAACAGACCUCUAUAUAACUCUGCACAUGCCUCUCCAAAGAUGAGUUACAGAAGCCUCCGUCGGAAACAGGGGAAGGGAGCAGACCUUCGUCAGGAAGGGAUCCCCGGCAACACAUAGACCCUUCCAAUGACUGUCAAGGUGCAAACAAAUCUCAUGCACCAUGGUGAGGUGCUGUGCAGGAGACAUGCAUCUCUGCAGGAGCAGGCAGAACCUGGGGAAAGCCUGCGUAUGACGAGACAAACCACAGGGCCACGCUGAGCAGCUGGAUGUGACAUGGCAGAAGGCUCAGCAGUAGCUCGGUGUGACAGCCAGGGUGUGCCCCAUGCAGAAGAGCCUAGGAUGCAAGGGGGUGCAGAAAUUGCUGCCUGGCAAGAAGACAGACAAGGCCAGCAGCAAGAAGCUGGCUAAGGGGUUCCUAACCCCUAUGCUAGCCUCAUCCCCGCCACAGGCCACAGGCAAGAAGAAGCCAAAGAAGAAGAAAAAGAAAGCAGACCAGGAUGACAGUAACUCCAGGAGCAGUGGGCAUGGCAACAGCCCCUCCGCCUCUGAGGAGACAGAUAAUCAUCACAGCAAAAGCAAGAAGCAUCAGACUCUCUCUGCUCAGUUACUUGAAAUACUAAGCCUCAGGAACGAUCGUGACCCAGCACAAGGUGCUGUAAAGGGGAUUCACAUUGAUGCAGAAAUUAAUAAGCUUUUAUUAUCAGCUUCCACUACUUCAAGCUCUAUCCAAACAGAGCAGGACAUUUCUGAUCAGAUCAAUGAGAGCCUUCGAUGGGAUGGGAUUCUUGAAGAUCCUGCUGCUGAGGAAGAAAGACUCCGUAUCUAUAAACUGAACAGAAGGAAACGCUAUGGGUUAUAUGUCCAGCAACAGCUACCCACAGAGCCACGUCUGACUCUCAAGCAUUUCCCAUUACUUCAAAACAAAGAUCCAUACACAAAUAGUGGUCAGACAGCAUGUCAGGAGGAUUGCUCCAGUCCUUAUUUUCAGGAAAAUAAAGAUGAAGAGGUCAUGAAUGCUGAGCUAGCUACAAAAGUGUCUGAACUGCAACCAGCAGCAUUACCAAAUAUUUCUCAGGAAGUUGUGUAAACCAGUAUUGUUCUCUAUUUUAUAUCUGUAUUUAAAACAGUAACGGCAACAAAACCAUUACUUUUAAACUUUGUAUAUACCUUUGUUCCGGCCACGUUGUUAGUGGGAUUAAUUCCCCAUACUAACAGGGUAUUCUGUUUACUUCUGCCAGACCUUUUAUAAAGCACUACAUAGAAAGUGGACAAUAAAACAAUUAUUUUGAUGGUUU